AUGACGCCUACUAAAACAUAUGAUUUUGUUGAAAAAUUAAGAACUAUUUUUGAUAAUGAUUGUGAGAAAAGUAAAUUAAACAAGUUGUGUAUUGAUAUUGUUAAUGAUAUCGAAAACGGACAAAUUAAAUUAUUUCAAAUAAUUGAACAGUUGGGUGUAUUUUUGACAAAUGCAGAUGUAAAUAUACGAGAAAAUGGAAUAAAGACUCUGUCAUUGAUUCUCGAUAAUAUUGAUAAAAAUUAUUUAAAUGAACAAGAAGUAGAGUUGCUAUCGACCUUCUAUUGCGAACGGUUUAAAGAUCAUCAUAGUAUCAUUCCAGUUGUUGUUCAAGGGAUUUUAUCAAUCAUAAAAAUGAAAAAUUUACCGAAAUCAUGUUUACCGAAAAUAUUUCAUGGUCUCUAUAAUGAUUUACGUUGUCAAUCUGAAUUGCAAGCGACGCGGAGAAAUAUAUUUUUUAUAUUAAAAAUAGCGUUAUCGCGCGAUUUGGAGGAUUUGAAAAAAAUGGGUCCAGAUUUUAUAUAUGGGGUGAUAUCAUCGAUGGACGGAGAAAGUGAUCCUCGUAAUUUGAUGAUCUUAUUUGAUACAUUACCAACCUUUUUACGAGAAUUUUCAUUGGGUCAUUUGACUGAAGAGAUGUUUGAAGUUUUGGCUUGCUAUUUUCCUGUCGAUUUCAAUUCGGCUGGUAAAGAUGCUCAAGAAAUAACCCGAGAAGAUUUGGCACACGGAUUAGAAAAUUGCUUAAUACAAGUUCCCGAAUUUGGUGAAUUUGUUUUACCGUUAAUACUUGAAAAACUUGAUUCUAAUUUAAAAACUGCCCGGUUAGAUGCUUUAAACUUAUUAAUUCGUGGUUCGAAAAUUUAUAAAUCCAAAGCAUUGACAAAACAUGUCGAUGAACUGUGGCCACUAAUAAGACGUGAUGUAUUGCCAGGAAACGAUAAUGAGCUGAAAUUAAAGAACUACGAUGUAAUUACCCAAAUUACGCAAGUACUAAGUGAUGAUAAAAUAAAUUUCGAAAAAUUUAUAAGUCGAGUUAUAGUCGAUUUGAAGUCAAGUUUGGGUGAUGUACAGUUGAGUUUAUAUUGGCCGUCAAUAAAAGUAUUAGAAACUAUUGCACAAGCUCAUGUUGAUGCUGCUAUUUACGUUCUGAAGCUUAUUGUACCACUUUGCUUAGGACAAUAUGGAACAAAAACAACUAUUAAUGAUAAAAUUCAUUUAAUUGAGACAAUGAAUAUUUUUUUACAUACUUUGGACAAUUUAGGAAUGAGAAUAUCAGACAUUCCUGAACUAACAUGGGCAGAUAUACCUGGUUUGUAUCUAAAUGAACUAAUAACUGAAGAAAUAAUACUGAAAUCAAAACUGAUUGACGGUUUGGCAAUGCAAAAAUUAUCAUUAUCAGAAAAUCAACGUGACUUAAUUUAUGAAAAAAUAUCAAGUGAGAUUGAUAAAAACCAAAGUGAAAAUUUAAUAACUUCAUGUUAUAACAUAAUAAAAACCUUAGCGAAGUUGUAUCCAAAUGAAAUACUUGAAUUAGUGGAUAAUAAAUUAAAAGUUAAUGAUGAAGAAUCUUUGGAAGUGCGGAAAAAUCGACUUCGUGCUUUAGCAGAAAUUUCGACCAUUUCAAACAUUGGAAAAACUAUUCUGCCGAUUUUAGUUCAAAUUGCAGUGUCAAUUGAUAAUGACAUGAUAAAUAUGUCGCUAUAUUGUAUACACAAAAUAUUGUUGAUGAAUAAUUGUGAAUUUGAUAUUCAUAUAUUUUUAUACAAACAUUGUGAUAUUGUUCUUCAAUUACUAGAAACAAAAUUGAACGGUUACCAUGACAGAAAAAUUAUAUCAAGUAUAUUACGUUUAAUAGUACAAAAGUUGAGUGCUGAAGAACAGCGAGAAUUAAUAAAUAAAUAUUUUGAUAGACUGAGUGAAAACAUUAAAAAUAACAUUGAAAGAUUAGAAGGCAUUUUAAUUCCUUUAAUGCCGUGUAUUAUUAAUAGCAAUGAUAAUCGUUUUAUUGAUUUAAUAAAAAGCUUGAUAGAAGUUUCAACUAAGAAUUUAGACGAAAAUAUUCAAUUAUCUUGUUGUAAAAUAGUGUCAACAUUAGUCAAUAAAAUUGAUAAAGAACAUUGUUUAGAAAAGUUAUUAAAUUUUAUACGUGAAUUAAUAGUUGAAAUUUUAGAAUCAGAUAAUUACAGUUUGAUGACUAAAAAAUCUGCUGUUGUACUGAACAUUUGGAUAACUAAAGCUUUAGUAACUCGUGGAAGCAAAGCAGCACAAGAUUUUAUCGAUUACCAGUUAAAUAUUCUUAAAAAUCAUUCGGUUGGUAAAUAUGCGGCAAAUCAUUUUCGAAUACUCGUUGAUAGUUCUGAUGAUACAUUACAUGUUGAUAAUUAUUGUAUUAUAAAAUUAUUUUAUAAACAAAGAAUUUUCCAAAAUGUUAUUCAGCAAAAUUCAUUAUUUGAUGGCGAAUCACGACAAAACUAUUUAAUUGCUUUUAUUUUUUUACUCGAAGAAAUUCCACGAGACAUUCUAUUGAUGCAUUUAUCUAAGGUUCUACCUCUACUUAUUGAGUCUCUUUCGUUGGACAAUAAAGAAGUGAUAUUAUUCACGUUAAAAAUUUUAAAGGAUUUAUUAGAUACUAAAAAUAUGGCUUUUAUCGAACAAAUCCAAAGUUUUAUAACUACGUGUUUGAAAUUGACAACAUAUCCAGACAUGAAUAUUAAAAUAGCAGCGCAUAAUUGUUUACAUAGGGUAGUAAAAAGAGGAGGGUACACAUACGAAGAUGGAACGAAAUAUUAUGGAGAUUGGAAUGCACGAGGAUUGAAACAUGGUGCGGGUUCUAUGGUAUUACCUGAUGGAACUCGAUACGAGGGAGGUUUCCAAAAUGGUUUGUGCUCCGGGCUCGGAGUUCUUAUUUUUCCUGAUGGCGCUAAGUACGAAGGAGAAUUUAUGCAAGGUUGGUUUCAUGGUCAUGGCGUAUUUUGGCGUUCUGAUGGUAUGAAGUUCGAAGGUGAAUUUCGUGGUGGAAGGAUUUGGGGUUUAGGACUUGUUACAUAUUCUGAUGGAACGCAUGGUUUUCCAAGAAACGAAGGAUUUUUCCAAGAUUGUCGCUUAGUCCGACGACGCCGAUGUCCAGAAGUUAUUUUGAAAGCUCAGAAAAUAUCUAUGAUAGCACGAGCUCAAGCAUCUUGA